UCUAAUCAUAGUAGCUUUAAUGUCUCGAAUGCAUUAAUGUCUUAUUUUAUGAUAUUUUCCGACGCUCCUAGCGUUUCUCGUUUGGCCCGAUCAUCUUGGUAGCAGUUGUUGCCUGGAAUAAUUUCCACACCGCCUCCAAUCAAUGCCGUGCACCCAAACUGUCGGGUUUAAAAAGAUCCCCUACAACUCAAGAUAUCCUCGAACAAAAUUGGGGGAAAUUCAGACACUUCGAAGCAUUAAAAAAAACUGAACUUGCAUCCGCGGCCCCUUACCUCAACUUUUGUUCAACAAAUCUUUCGAAAUGUCGCUGUGGCUAUGUGAUUGGGACAACUGCAAAAAACCAGCUGUUCAGAGAGCGGGAGAUUGUCUUCUCUGCGACAAACACCUUUGUCGGACUCACCUGCAAGACCAAUGUCAUAAAUGUCCUAAACCAGAGGAAAAUUGGGAAGACUAUUCUGACCAAUAUGCAGUCACCGAAAUCCGUCGAUUGAAUGAGUUAAGUCGUCGAAUAGAUGAGUCAAAACUUUGUGCACGCGCAACACAACUCCGAGGGGGAAUCCCUUGUGCUAUUAACUUGUCCACGAAGCACCUGUCGAGUAUGAUGGGCGGUCAGAAUUGUCAUGCUGAAAUUACAUUCCAAGACAAUGUCAAAUGGCUCGCACGGUUUCGUCUGGUCAAGACAUCAUCCCCUCCAAUGGAAGUCCAUGAUUAUAUACUUCGAAGCGAGGUAGCUACCAUGAAUUUCUUACGGAAACAUACGCGCGUUCCCUUGCCAGAGGUUUUCGACUGGGCAUGCGAAUCCGAUCCACAAAAUCCAUUAGGUGAUGUUGGCUACAUCCUGAUAGAAAAGGUAGAGGGGGAGCCGCUGAAUUGGCAGCUGGCAACUCCGUCGCAAAAGGAAAAGGUCAUGCAGCAGUUGGUCGACAUUUUCCUUGAGAUUGAGAAGCAUCCGUUCGAUACAAUAGGAUCGAUAAUGCCGGCGACGGAUCCAAACGCAUUCGAGAUACAGGGCUUCGCACAGCAUGCAACCUUCCGUCCAGGAUGUGGAGGACCCCUGGGCCCUUUCCACUCCUCGCUGGAGGCGGCACGCGUCGUCAUCGAGACAUACCUUACUAUGAUAUUGAGCGGUGAGAUUGCGGCUACAUAUCCGAUAGACGUUUAUCUUAUGCACCGAUUUUGUCUGGAUAUUCUAAAUAAUAUCGGGAAAGAGAUCCUGUCAGAAGGGAAGUUUUUCCUCAAGCAUCCCGAUGAUAAAGGCGACCACAUUCUCGUCAAUAAAGAUUACGAUAUCGUUAGCAUCAUAGAUUGGGAAUGGUGCCAAACUGUCGCAAAGGAAGAUGCCUUCUCCUCCCCAUGUAUGAUGUGGCCGGUCGCAGAGUUCUACGAUGGUUCUAACGAACUAUCUAAUGAUGAAUUGCGAUUUGCUAGUAUCUUCAGAGAGAGAGGCCGUAGUGAUCUGGCCAACUAUGUCACCACUGGCAGAAAGGUGCAAAGAUUGUUUUUUGCUCUCGGCCCGUGUUACGACGAUCAUCAAAUAUUUAUAGAUCUUUUCAUUGGCCUUAAACGAACAUUUGGUUCUGAAGAGGAAGGAUGGGAGGAAUGGAAGACCAAGGCCCUUGAAAAAUGGAAGAGCGACAAACUGUUGCAAGAUUUGCUACAAAGCAAGACAUAACCGAUGAGUCUCCUCGUCGUGCUCUAUUAGCUUAAACUUGGUCUAUAAGCUCUAUAUAGGCGGUAACUUAGCUACUUAGGUAUAUGCGAAU